CGGGGAUAACCAGACCAGUCUCUACCCCCUACUCUAGCGAUAUCCAUACUGUACACUACGGACUGGAAAGCUCCAACUUUACAGGCACCACCAUGGCCGAUGCUGUUGGACAGGAAUUGUCGUUGAGGAAAAGCAUCCUAGUAUGUUGUUGCCUGAACACUACCUCUUUGGAUUGUCGCUAUUGAAUGAAGAAUGGAUCUUAGCUAACGUGUAUGGCUGCCUUGCUAACUUAGCCCAGUACCAACCAAGACACCCAGCGAGGGAUUGCAGUGCCUCUGCUUUUUAUGCAGUCCUCCAUCAACCCGCAAAGGCAAAACCAUUGCCGUGUAUUAAAUCAUCUUGACUGUAGCAGACAGCAUGUGCCGCUGAUGCCAGGUGCGGCACGGGCUUGGGCGUGCUCUGCUCGGUGAGCGAACACGAGGAGGAUGAGUGCGGCGGCGGGGGAACAGACGGACAUCCUGUCGGUGACGGACCUGGUCAGGGACCGAUGGAGAGUGGUAAAGAAGAUCGGUGGCGGGGGGUUUGGGGAGAUCUACGAGGUUCUGGACCAGCUGAACCAGGUGAACGUGGCCCUCAAGGUGGAGUCGGCCCAGCAGCCCAAACAGGUGCUGAAGAUGGAGGUGGCCGUCCUCAAACGCCUCCAGGGUAAAGAACACGUCUGCCGGUUCGUUGGUUGUGGCCGCAAUGACCGUUUCAAUUACGUCGUCAUGGAACUGCAGGGGAGGAACUUGGCCGACCUGCGGCGUACGAUGCGGAAUGGAACGUUCUCGGUGUCCACGACGCUGCGACUCGGCCGCCAGAUCCUGGAGGCCAUCGAGAGCAUCCACUCCGUCGGCUUCCUGCAUCGCGACAUCAAACCGUCUAACUUCGCUAUGGGUCGCCUGGCCAGUACCUGCAGGACCUGCUACAUGCUGGACUUCGGCCUGGCACGGCAAUUCACCAACUCAUCACAAGAAGUCAGACCGCCUCGACCAGUGGCAGGCUUCAGAGGAACAGUGCGGUACGCCUCCGUCAACGCCCACAAGAACAAGGAGAUGGGUCGUCAUGACGACCUCUGGUCUCUGUUCUACAUGCUGGUGGAGUUCAUGGUUGGCCAGCUGCCCUGGAGGAAGGUCAAGGACAAAGAGCAGGUGGGCAAUAUGAAGGAGACGUACGACCACAAGCUGAUGCUGAAGCACCUGCCCUCCGAGUUCAACAUCUUCCUGGAACACAUCUCAUCCCUGGACUACUUUACCAAGCCGGAUUACCAGAUGUUGAUCACGGUGUUUGACAACAGCAUGAAGAGCUACAGCGUGCUGGAGAACGACCCGUAUGACUGGGAACGCAGCGACCCCGACGGACUGCUGAGCAUCCAGACUCUGGCAACCACCGCACAGCAGCUGACACGACUCACGCCCGCAUACAUGGGGAUGGCGAACGCGUCGGCGGUGCCGGGUGACCUGCAGCGUGAGAACACGGAGGACGUCCUGCAGGGCGAGAGGUUGAGCGACGCCGACAACUGCCCCCCCAUGCCCUCCCAGCAUGCACUGGGGGGCGACGUCUGGGAGGAGAUGGAGCGCAACCGCGACCGCAACCGCAACCACCUGCAGACGCCCACGCAGACCACGCCCGCGCAGACGCAUCAUCAUCAUCAGCAUCAUCAGCAGGCGCCACAGAUCAGGAAGGUGGCGAGCGAGGAGGAGCGUAGCCAGAACCAGGGCAACCAGAGUCCCAACAGCGGCUCCAUCCAGGGCUCUCCGCGCCGCGUGCGCUCGGAGACGGUGCUGCUGGACCGCAUGGCCCCGCUGCUGCGACGCAUGAGGCACAGCCAGAGCAUGGGCCUGGACAAGAGGCUCACGCCCGAACCCAAACCCACCAUCGAACGCUUCCUGGAGGCUUACCUGGGUAAGCAGGGUGGGCGUCCGGGUCUCCCCCAGGAUAGGGCUGCUUGUGUUUGCAUGCAGGGUUCCCUGGAGCAGGAGGAGGUGGCUAGUGGCAGCGGGGGCUACGUGGCCGUGACGCUCAGCUCCGUGCCCCAGGAGGGGGACUCACAGGAGUGGGUGAUGGUGGACCUGGAGGGGGGCAGCGGGGGCUCGGCCGGCUCCAAACCCGAAGACGAGGAGCGAUCCGGGACCGCGGGAGGAGGAGGAGGGGGGAGCGGGGCCGGCUGCAACCUGGGGCCCGAGGUGUUGGCCCGCACCUGGUCGGACCCGCUGCCGCAGCGCAGCUCGGGGAACGGCGGCGAGCUCCACCAGGGCAUCCUGGUCCACGCCACGUCGCCCACCUACGGCCGGCUGGCGGGCAUGGGCAUGGCGGGGAUGCCAGGGCUGUGCGGAGGGCUCACGGGGCUGCGCAGGCUGCCCACCAUCCCCUCGGCCGCCGCCAUGCGCAUCGGACGCUCCCAGACAGACGCCGACCGAUGUGAGGGGGAGCGUAGAGACGACCCCGUGCCCCCCCCAGAGGACGAGCAGGAGAGGGAGCGCGAGCUGGGCCCCGACGACCCCCCAUCCCCCCGCCUGUCCCCCCUCGACGCCCCCUCCCCCUCCCCCUCCCCUGACAUCAUCAUCCACCCUUCCACCACCACCACCACCGCCCUGGACGCCCCCAAGCCCAGCUCCUCCAGGGGGGAGGUGGAGGGGGGCGAGAGCGACUCCGGCUUCCCCGAUCAGGGUGACACUACAGCGGGCGGCCUGGAGGGCACGCAUCCCUCUGGAGCCACCCCCCCACCUCCUCAUCCCUCCUCCUCCUCCAGACGCGACUCCGCGUGCUCCCCGCGCGCCAGCCGCAUCCCCGUACGCGACCCGGACUCCCCCACGCGCCGCCCCAUGUCCCCGCUCUCCCCCGCCCCCCUCUCCCCCUCCUGUGAACACUUCCCCUCCGCACUGCUCCGCGACCGCCUGGUGUUGGGGGGGUCUCUGGGCUCGGUGGUCGGCGGGAUCGGCGGCGGGGGGUCGUCGUGGCAGGCGGAGGACCCGCCCUCGUUGUCGUCGGUGUCGUCGGUAGGGGGGGGGCGCAGCAGGAUUCCGAGGCCCCUGAGCCCCACGGUGGCCACCCCGCAGGACAUCGCGCAGUCGCCUGGCAACAACAUGCAGCCGUCUGCCAACCGCUUCCUCCCGCGGCCCCCGCCCGGGAAACCCCCCCUACGGCCCGCCGGAGAUAACAGGCGUCGGCGUUACCGUAUCCGUGCGAGCAGCACCAGUGAUGCGGAUCUCCUUGACAACCUGACCCAGCUGAUGCAGGAGCGAGGGGGCGGGGGAGGGGGCAUUCCCAUUGGCUCCCACUACAGAAGCCACACCUCCUCCUCCCUGCAGCGCUCUCUUAGCUCCUCCCCUUCUCGCCACGAGACGCACGGGGAUGGAGGAGCGGGGCCCUUCCUGGGUCGUAGCCAAUCACCCUCCAGCUUCUCCGGGUCGCCGCCCCCUCUCCGCGCGGCCGAGCUGAGGGCCUAUCACGCGGGGUCGGGGUACUGCCCCAAGGGCAGGCUGGGUAGCCCCGACGGGAAAGUCACAACCACCAAACUGAGCAGGUGAACAGCCAAACACCCAAUCAGAAACAGGGAGGAACAGUCAACCACCAAUCAGAGAAGAGUAGUAGGGACUAAGAUGUGUUGUAUGAUGGGUAGUGAUAUGGGAGAUGUGAGAACUGUGCUGACACCUAAGCCGAGUUUCCCAACACAACUCGAGAGAUCAGCAGUGCAUUCCUCGAAAGCAUCGUUGCUAACUACGUUAGCAACUCACUUCGAUGCAAUGCAAGUUCCCAUUGGCACACUACGAAGUUGCUAACUGGUUAGCAACAAUGCUUUCGAGAAACUGGGUCGUGGGUUGGAUAAAAGCUUGAAAGAACCUGGUGAUGAUGAUGAUGAUGAUGAUGAUGAUGAUGAUGGCAGCAUCAAGGAUGAGGAAAUGAUGAAGAUGAAGAUGACACUGGUACAAAACUAGUCGGUUGCCUUUUCAAACUCCUUCCAAGCACG